ACUUACACAAGGAAACUCUCUGCACCAAAACAUUUAGAACGAAGAACCCUUCAAACACCAAUACAUUCUCUCGAGUCAACGUUUAAUUGAGUUUAUAGUCCGCGUGUCUGCAAUCUGCGAUGAUAAACCAGCGAGGAAGAAACCCCGGAAGUUAGCAACACGCGGUUUUUGUGCGUGAAAAAAAAUGUGUAAAGUCAAAAAGCUGAGAGCCUUCAUGGAGCAGCGACUAAAUGCUGUCGUGGAAGAAAUAUUUGGGCUGUUUGAAAUAACCAUAGCAGAGUACGAGGAGGAACUUUCCAGAACUAAAGGGGAGAAAGGGCGACACCUUGAAAUGCUGGAGGCUGUGCUACACAGAGCAGAAAUCCAGCAGGUGUCAGUGGAGAGUCAAGAGGAGAUUCCAUCUCAGCAGCAGGAGUGGAGUUUCGCUGUGGGGCAAAAUGAGCUAGAGCCCCUCCACUGUAAAGAGGAUGAGGAGAAACUAUGGGAGCAGCCUCAAUGGUUGGAGGAGACUGAUGAUGAUGAAGAGGCUCAUUUUUCACACUUUCGUCACAGUCAACGUGAGGAGAACAGAUGGGUGGAGCUUCCAGCUCAACACAUCACAGAAACUGAUGGAGAUAAUCGUGAAGGCAUAAACUCAGAACCAGACAGCAUCUUUGCUCCGCUGUCAGACAUAGACAACGUCAUGUCAGACUCUCCUGAGAGCGAUCACGGUGACGACAUUCAAAAACCUUUGGAAAGUGAGAAGAACUCUGAAGGUGAUAUGAGACUUAAUACUAACAACAAACCCUUUGCAUGCUCUGAAUGUGGGAAAUCAUUUCGAUGGAGGAGUAAUUUGGUAGCACACAAAAGAACACACACUAGAGAGAAACCCUUUGCUUGCUCAGUUUGCGCUAUGAGAUACACUGUGCGGUAUUCCCUGAACAGACACAUGAUGAUACACACAGGGGCACCCCCUUUUUCCUGUUCAGUUUGUGAUAAACGAUUCUUCCUUAAGCGUAGUAUGAUAUCUCAUAUGAAAACACACACUGCACAGAAACCUUUGGCUUGCUCUGUUUGUGAUAAAAAAUUCAAGAAGAAAUAUGACAUGAGAUUACACAUGAGAAUGCACAACGAUGAGAAACCGUUAACCUGCUCCGUUUGCAGGAAGAGUUUCUCUAAAAAAGUCUCAAUGACCAAACACAUGAAAUCCCACAUGAAGGAGAAGCAAUUUCGCUGCUCGCUUUGCCAUAAAAGAUUCACUUGUAAAAAUUCCGUCACGAUGCACAUGAGAACACACACUGGGGAGAAACCGUUCAAUUGCAACGCGUGCGAUAAAAGGUUCACGUAUAAGUAUCAGGUCAGCAAACACAAGUGUGUAACAGUCAUGGAAGAUGCAGGGAAAUAAAUACACAUAUGUUGAAAUUGUGCUAAAUGUACUUUAAACACAGCCUGAUUGAUAAGCAUCUUAUGUUUUAGACUGCAUGUGGUGGUUCUCAUUUAGUGUUUUUUGUCUUAUCACAUCUGAAGUUGAGUGUGUUUAUAAAAUAUUCUAAGUGAAGUUAUCUUUUUAUUUCUUCAUGUUUAAUAGAAUAACUGUUAUUACUAUGACUGGAUUGCCAUUUUGUUUAUAUUAGUAUAAUGAAUAUGGAGGAAAAUCCAUUCCAUUUGAAACAUUUAGUUAUUUUCUAAAUUAUAGUUUAUAUGAAUACAUUUAUGGGGGUGGAUUUCCUGUCCUGUUCCACUCCCACACAAAAAAGUUCCAGUCCUGUUCCACUCCUUGUAAAAUGACUACCUUAAUUACUUUGUGCACUGCUGUUUGCCCCACCUCCCAAAAAUAUGUGGCAGUUAGUAUAAUCUUUGUUGUUUUUUUGUUUUUAUUUUGAUAUUUAAUUUAAUUAAAUGUUUUCACACACAAAAAAAAAGUGUUUAGUGUCUUCAAACAAGUAUUUUUUUUAAAUGUGAUUAAUCACAUCUCGGCCUGGGUGAUAUGGUCUAAAAAUACAAUCUCAGAUUUUUUCACAAAAAAUUUGAUUUACAAUCUUUUCAGAUUUUUUUUCCCUCUACUUUUUAAAUAACCCAUAGA